AUGGAUCCUGUUAGGCGCCCAGGCACGGCUCAUUCUUUUGUAACAGAGUUUGAGGAUUCUGGGCAAAUAAAUCCGAGUCCUGUGACUGCUAAGGACUCAGAUCCUCUGUUUGAUAUUUACCUCUCUCCUGCAAAGCUGAGAAACCUUUGUGGGUCUGAUGAUCUACAGCAGGUCACAAGCUUGGAGAUGUGUGUUGAUAUUCGGCAGACAAUCUUGGGUGAUUUUGGUGUUCAUUUGCCCAAUCUUGUACAACUGAAAAUGAACAACAGCUUGAUCUUAUCUGUGAGGGAUCUCGGAAUCACUCUGUCCCACCUGCAAGUGCUCUCCCUGGUUCGAUGUGGCCUGUCCGACUUGGAUGGUCUCCCCUCACUGUCCUCACUUAAGGAGCUGUAUGUGGCCUACAACAAUGUGUCAGACUUGAGCCAGGUGUGCAUGCUGGAACAGCUGGAACUGGUGGAUCUUGAGGGGAAUGAUGUGGAUGACCUGGUUCAAGUGCAGUACCUGGGUCUGUGUGGGAAGUUAAAAAACCUGACACUGGAGGGAAACCCUGUAUGCACUUGCCCCAAUCCAGGAGCAUCACAGGUGACUGAGUACAACUAUAGAUCUGCUGUGAGGAAGCUAAUUCCACACCUUCAGAUCCUGGAUGAUGUUCCAGCAGAGGACGAAGAGCCUCGCUACUCCAGCACUAUGAUGGAGGAGUGGGCUCUGCUUAAAAAGUCUAUUAAAGACACUUCUGCCAUUACAGAUAGUGCCGGUGACUGUCUGGAUCUCAUGGAGUUAAGAGGUGCGAGUACGUGUGACUUGUCACGACCCGGGUCUGCCCAGCUCCCAGGCACCAGAGUGGGAUACAGCAGUCCUCUUAGUCGCCCCGGCACUGCCAGGCCACCUUCAUCCUCCAUCAGCUCUAGACCAAGCUCAGCUGAUUCAGAUGCAGAUACUCCAAGCUACGAGGCCAGUGAUUUGACACAUGGGGUGGGAAGAGUUCUCUUUUGUGGGAAUCCUCUUUUGGCCAUUCGGGCACGACGACAGAAAAUGCUUCAAGGCCCUAGCUCUCACUCCAGACCCUGUACUCAGCUAGGUAGUUAUAUCCCUGAACACACACAUGAUGUUGAAGAAACAAGCAUUCAGGACCACAGUGAUGUGUUUGCUGAACUCAGAGCCUGGAGGAAAGAACAUAACAAACGUCUUUUGGCUAUCGAGAGAGACUGUCAGCCACAGGUGAUGAGAAUCGUGCAUAGUGAUGAUGAUGAUGAUGAUGAUAAAGACAGCAGUAAUGAAUAUGAUGAAGGAGCCCACAGUCUUAGUCUCAUCAGUGACAGAGAAGAUGAAGAAGAAAUGCAAGGAGAAAAGACUGACUGCAGAGAUACUCAGUCUCCUGAUUCCUCAUUCCAGUCUCCUUCACCAGAUGUGUCCAGGCUCUCAUCUUUAUCAGACCACACAGUGUCUCCGUCUCCACCACCCAGAGCUGUAGCGCCCUCUACUUGCAAGAGGAUAACAGAGUUUCGAGCCCGCAGACUUAAAAUCAUUAACAUGGGGGAUGGAAUGGGAAAACUGUCCUCGGACACCAUUACAUCAGAUGUAACAGUAUCAAAAGAUAAGAGCCAUACAGUUGUGUGUCCUGGGGCUUUGCAAAUGCAACCUGCCCCACCUCAGAUCCCUUAUAAGCCUCAUAGACCAGGCUCUUGCCCUGUGAUCACUUCUCAAACAGAGCACUGUUCAGGAUCUAGUCCAUCCAGCACUGAGCACAGGCCAUUCAUUUGCUCAGUGAUGCCUGAGAGGCCAAAACACACACGUCCUCAUACAGCGAGAGCUGCUCUGCAGAGACCUCCUGCCAUUCCUGGUAAAGCAAGUGGCCACCCGGACUGAAACAUUCUGCUUCUCAGAUACUGUGGACUGCUUAUAUCUCUAUGGAGGAUAUUUUAAGG